AUGGAUGAGGAGAGCCAGUCGCUGUUCCCGGAGCCGGUGGUGCUGUCGUGGACGAGGCAGACCCUGGAGGGGCUGAAGCUGCUCCACGGCCAGGGCGUGGUCCACCGCGACCUCAAGAGCUCCAACAUCUUCCUCUGCCAAGGCCGGCGGCGCAUCCUCAUCGGCGACUUCGGCAUCUCCAAGGUGCUGGAGAGCACGGCCUACGCUUCGAGCUGCGUGGGCACUCCAGCGUACAUGUCCCCCGAGUUGAUGAGGAACGAGCGGUACGACUAUCACGUCGACAUGUGGGCAAUGGGCUGCGUCGUGUUCGAGCUCAGCACCCUGACGCUGCCCUUCAAGGCCUCCUCGCUCCUGGAGCUGGCCUGCCAGGUGAUCGAGAGGCCCCCGGAGUGGCAGCUGUGGCAGCACCACUCGGAGGAGCUCCGCUCGGUCGCCGAGCGGCUGCUCGACAAGGACCCCCUCGCCAGGCCCACGGCGCCCCAGGUGCUGUUGGAGCCGCUGUUCGCGCCGGGCGGGCGGGGCGCCCAGGAGCCCCCCGAGGCGGCCUGGGCCUGCGUGGAGCCCCGCGGGCCAGACAAGCACCGGAGCCCAGACAAGAGGCUGGUGCUCACGCAGCAGAGCGACCUGUCGACGACCCCGGGGACCAGC